AAAACUAUUAGUUUCCGUUUAGCUUUUAGCUUCUGCAGCUGACCAUAUUUUCCCGUUUGUCCCGAGAGCGGAAAAAAAAAGACAAAAAAGCCAUUUUUAUACUUAUUUAGUUUGAUAACAUAGACCUAGAAUUACUUUGUCCCACACGCAUACAAAGUUGAUCUAGAUUUAUCUUACUAAGUUAUAUAAACUGUCAUUAGUGCAAAUUUUAAUGGAAUUAUUUCUCAAAGACUACAUCACAUCCUCUUCUUUCGACGACGAUGACGUAAACAAAGGGAUUCUUGAACGCAGAAUUUCGCCGUACGUCACUCUGAGACCAGGGGACCUCUCUGCCCUUCUUAAGCUUUACACAGAUGUUCAGCCCCCUUUAGCGAAGUUUGGCCAUAAUCACAACCAUGUUAAAAAACAACAUGGUUGUGGAAUCGAAACGCUUUUCGAAAAGAAGCCAUUGCUUUCAGCAGGAGACAGUGACGACGAUAAGUCUGACGACGAGUUACUCGAUGUCGUCUGCAACGGCGCCCAUCAAGGACAUGUACCGGCCCAGUACGUUGUGAGAGGGAUCAAAAGACACGAGUUCCCAGUAAUUGGUGUCUACAUUCAUGAGAAAAUCUGCCCAGGGUUUCAGUACCGUGUUAGACGUGUUACGUCCAAGAAUUUCUUUUGGAAUGGUCAGGCAAAAACAUUGUUGUCCAUAGGAACUGGCUAUGGUGCUCGCCUAACAUUUUCAGGGGAGACACUUAAUGACAACGACAACUACUUUUGGUCAGACAGUGACCCUUAUGGGUUUGCCUUCAGUAUCCAGGCUGUUGAUGCUGAUCAGAAGUUUCUCAUCCAAGAUGUCAGCGGUAAAGUUGUGGGAGAAGGCAUUGUUGAAAGAAUUCAUGGUCCGCAACAGGAAACAAACAUGAUUACUGGAAAAAAUGGAGUUACAAAGCAUGUGGAUGUGGCAAUGACCUGCUGUAUCACAUACUACAAACAGCAUCACUAUGGCCUGAAGGAGAUGAUGGUUCAUGAGAGCCAAGAGACUGUCACUGGGGAGGCCAUUCUUUUCAAGCCUCGUUCAUCUCGUAAGGCCAAUUUAUUGGCCAUUGAGGGUGUCUUCCUUCCCCGCAUUGGGGACUGCAAGUUUGUGCCUGACUGCUAAUUUUAUUUGGCUGUGAUUGUGGACGAUGCAAUGUAUGUUAAUACCUAAGCAUUAAUAAGCUUUAUUUAUUUUGCUUAUAAGACAUAUGAUCUCAAUUUACCAUUGAUUCAGUAUGUCAGUUAGUAUUUUUGUACAUUUUUUUUUUUUUAAAUUUAUGUUGUAAAUAUUCAUAGUUUUUAAUUUUUAAACAAGUUGGAUGUAUCAGUUAUGACAUGAUCAGCUAAAAGGUUGUAAAACAUUUUAUGUUGGUUAUGUUUGUAUUGAACUUGUGUAUAUAUUGAUCUUCUUUUUUGAAGAUCUGUAAAGAAAAGGGUUUACUAAGGACAUAUGCUGAUUAAGAAGACAAGAAACAAGAUUUUUUUUUUUAUUCAACCUCAUUUUUAUAGGGGUUCAGCUUACAUUAUGCUGCUGUAAGCUGGAUUUUUAAAAUUCAUUUUGUAUCCCGUACCAGAUUAGAUCUAACAACUAAUCUUUAGGAGGCGACUUAACAAGUAUAAGCUGAAUUAUGUCUUGUAAGUUGCAUUUUAAUGUUGUAUUUUGUUUGUAAAAUAUUUUAUAAGUUCAGCCUGUGUAUGUGUCAUACCAGUACUUGUAUAAAUAAAUGUUGUGUAUGAAUUUAAACUAUAAUAAUGAAUGAUAGUGUGCCAUGAAAUGGGCUGAACAUUUUAUACCGGUACAACAGUAUUGUUGCCUAAUGAUAAUAAAUAUUGGCAUUUUAAA